AUGGACCCCAAUCCAUUCCCUCCACUAGCAAGAGGCAUGAGAGGCAGAAAGGGAAUUAACCCCUUUGCCAACAAUGAUAGGAAUAGUUUGGGGGCAAACUUGAGGAAUCAUCCAGAUUUUGAAGAAGAGGAAGAACACAGGGAGGAAGUUCUGCCCAGACCAUACAGGAUGGAGCACAGGAUUGAGAACAACCAGCCAGAAUUGGGGCAAAAUCCGCAUCCUGCCAAUGCCUUGAAUGACAUGGGGGCACUACAAAGAAUGAUAAGGGAAAUGAUAGAGCCUGAAGCCAGAAGAGGAGAAAGGCCCACAUACAGAAAGCCAUAUCCGGCCUAUAUUGAUCAGAUACCGCUAUUAACGGGUUUCAAGGUACCAAACUUUACCCUGUUUAAUGGAGAGGAUCCUCAUGCUUCAUCAGUUGAGCAUAUAGACAGGAUCCAGCCAGAAGUCACCAUCAGUGAUCUUGUAGCCCUCAAACAUACUGAAGAUGAACCUGCCCAGGAUUUCAUAACCAGGUUUAGAAAGCUCAAAAUGAAAUGCCAGAUCCCUAUGGAAGAAAGACACUUCAUUUAA